UGGGGUGUCUGAACAGCAGUGUUUCAUACAUCCAUGAUGGUAGAAACCAAGUCCUCCGAGGACACAAAGUCCAGCUGCGUUUCGGCCUUGAUCUCUUGUUUCAAUCUCGGAUCGAAGAAGAAGCCUCUCGCCUCACCAGGACCGACGUCAAAGCCAGCCGUUCCAUAUGAACCAAAACCACUGUCGCCGGCAAAGUCUGCCGAUGGUUCCGUUUCGAAUGGCAAGGCCGAGUCCAUCUCAUCCAAACACGCGGGAACCGAAAACAGAGACGCCGACAGCAAACACAGUCGAGAGUCUGCCGAAGCACAUGUUGAGGCACCCUCGUCCGACGUUCAGCUCGUCAAGCAUCAACCUAUUAUCGUUACAGAAAACGCGCCAGUUGACCUGUGAUAUGAGGCGCUCAACAAGACUCAUCAAGACACCAAGUCUUGGAUGGGAAAGUUCGGCAUCGACCGCUCGAGUACCAUCCAAGUCCAAGAAUUGACAACGCUGGUUAGACAAAGCGAAGAAACCAGGAUGCUAGUUCAGGACUGAAGAUCGGGG